CAGUUCAAUACUUUCAAUGCACGUUUUUAACUAGUUGUUACUUACCACCUUAAGCAUUUGUACCAAACAAAAUACAAAAACAAUAUACAUAGAUGUCUCAACGAACUAUUACGUUACAGACAGUAUCUAAGUCGCUUGUAUCACAUGGUAUUGUAUUUAAAAUUCCACCUGGCUAAUCUUGAAUUUAGUAACCGUCAAUUUCGAACUACGUUUUUAACUAUUAUAUCUUUUCCCACAUUUAUCCUGUAUCAAACCAUUACACAUCUUAGAAACAAUUCUCCAGCUUUAGUCAAAACUUCUUCGAAAUUCGCUUCAGAAUUAAAUAGCUUGAAGCAAAGGAAUUUUUACUUCUUAUGCUUAUACUUACAGGCGACUUUUGAAAACAAACUCUUGACUGAGCCCGGUUGUACAAAUAGUUUGACCUACAAAGCCCCGAGACACAAGAUCGAUUCUCACAUUAAACGUUUAUGUUAGAAUCUAGAAUCGACAGGUCGCAUAAACAAUCUUAAAAUUUAACCUGGUCAUUUCUAUUCAUGACCUCAAGCUGGGAGCUGUCAAAAAAUUACAGAAUUCAUUUUUUGCUUCUUUUCUCGUUCAUUUCUCUAAGUUAAAUUCAAACACUUGUCACAUUAUCAAAGAAUUGACGUCUGUAACAUUGCAGCUUAUUUAAAAUUGACGCAAGUUUUCGAAGCCAAAAUUAUUUAUUCACAAUUAGCCAAAUUUUCAGAACCCCAAAAGUGACUAUAGACUUUCCUGACACAUUCACACUUUCAACGCAUUUUAUGGACAUAUGAUAAUGGAUGGAAAUAUUGAAAAAAGUAGUGGAUCCUCGCGUAGUUUGCCUCGGCCGGACGAGGUUCGAAUCUGGGUGGGAGACAAAGAGAAGUCCAUUUCGGGAGUUAGCGAGAGCACUACUUGUUUGGAUGUUGUACACUCUCUUCUUAAGCACUCCAAGAUAGCGAAUGUGAAGACCAUCCAAGAACACACGAUUUACCAGAGAUGGCCAGAGUAUAACAGACAGCUGCAGAGCCACGUGAAAAUUCUGAACGAGUUUAAAAAAUGCCAACAAAAAGGAGUUACUUUCCACAUGCAAAAAAUUCAUAAUACUUCGACCACCAACAGCAGCAGAUAUGGAAAUUCUAAUAUAUCUUGGAAUAGUGGCGGGGGGAAUAAUAACUCUAACAAUGGUACAAUAAAAAACAGAGCAGGGACAUUUUACUUAAGCAGCAGCGUUGGCGGCAACAGAAAUACGUCUGAAGAAAGUUCUCCAGUUGAGAGCAGAAAACAGCGUUUCAAGCGGUCUCGGUCACGAGACAGAAAUUUAUCUGAAACCAGUUCGCCACAUGAAACAUUUUCACAAGUUAUUUCACAGCCAGUUAGUGGAAAUAAAUACAUAAAUAUUGACCAAAACUACGGACAAAAACAGUCAAACUAUUCGCCGGAGGCACAAAUUCAGUCAAUACGUCAGUUGCAACAGUACACCAAACGGUCAUCUAAACAAAGUAGAGACGGUUCCGCUGACAGAGAAAAGAGCAAUAAUAAAAAUAGCAACAAUAGAAGAACAAGAAACCAACGAAUACGGAGCCGACAUAGUCGGAGUUUAGAAACUAGUAGAAGGAGGUCUCUCGAUACACUAGUUGACUUCAAACCAGAAGACUUCGAGUUCAAUUCUGGACAUCAAAACAACGCGACUAGUCAAGCGAACGAACGUAUCGCUUCACGAAAUUCAAAAUCUCCCGAAAGAGAUUUUUCCAUUGCGAAGUCUCUGAGUUUCAGAAAUCUUCUUGCCGAAGAAACCGAAAAAAUAUUCCAACAGCCUCACUUUCAAUCUAAAUUAUCUCAGUUUCAAGACACCGAUCAUAAGUUAGGAGGCGUCAGGCGUCAACGCGUGCAUUCCGCAAACGACUUAGUUGAUCUUAUUGACGAUUUUAAUUACAGUAAUGGAACAUUAAAAAACAGAACAAAUGACAAUUUAACAGCUCCAGAUUCAAAACACACUAAAAUUAAUAGCGAUUAUUUGAACACAAAGGAUGCAAGUAAUUAUUUGAAUGACAAAAAUUAUACUUUAAAAUCUGAUAGCGCAGCAAAAGGCAGUGCAGUUGUUAAGAAUUCAAUCAAUAAACAAAUCAUACAUCAAUCUGAAGACACUCUGAGAGAAAUCAAAGACAAUAUCAAUCCAUCGGUCGGCAGUCACAGGUUGGACGACAGAACCAACACGCGUGACGAGCAAACAAGGAUGAUGGAUUUUAAUAAAAGCCAAGACAAAAAACAGGAAGCACAUUUCUCUAAUCAUUCAUUGUGCUCAUCAAGCCAAAAUCAACACCAAAAGCACAUCGAUUUAAGCUCACCUAAUAUCGCUUCCAUUAGAAAGGAAAUCUAUCAUUAUCAGCAAACAGUAUUAGCUUCACCGACGCGCGUAACAAACCAUUCUCCAAAACCAUUACCAAAGCGGAGAAAAAAUUCUCUUUUGCAAAAACAACGUGAGCAAAGAAACAACGGUAAGUCUGUAGUACCAUAUUCAAACCAACCUGCUUUACCAUUGACGCCCAAGGAAGUUAUAGGCAGAGACCUAGAAGAGAAAUUGGAAUUAGAAAGGUGCAAGAAAAACGUUGGGAUGCAAUGCACUGAAUUAUCCAGCCUCCAAGAACGAAUUGACAACGUUGAGAAGCAGUUAUUCUAUUUAGCUCAGACUAGUUUCGCCGAAGACAGUUUACGCGACAACUUCCGGGAAAAGAACAACUCAUCCCAAGAUUCUACACGAACCGAAAGCCCACAUUUAAAAUCUUCAAAGCAACGAGGACUUAGCAACUCGCCGCUACGAAAAGAUAAAAAGCACGAUUCGUCUACGCUGCAAAAGGAGAUCAAACGGUAUUACGAGAAAUCUAAAAAGGUUACUGACCAAAUUUUGAACCAGAAACUUUUAGAAUCAAGGCUUCAAAAUGAGAUCAAUGAAAGAAGGAAAAAGUUAACCUGUCCAAAAUGCAAAAUAGUUUAUCGAAACCGCAAAUGUCUUUGUAUGCUAAAUAACGAAUUAGAACAGUCCAAGUCGCAAAGCGAGUUGAUUGACAAAGAAUCUAAAAAUGUUGAAACUCAAAUUGCACAAGUCGAACAAGAUAUCAUCAAGCAUAAAAUGAGAAUUCAACGGUUGGAAUAUGAAAUUGACUGCCACGAGCGAAAGUCGUUAGAAGAGCAGAACUCUCAAAGCUAUGCUGGGCGACCACCUAGGGUUCCCUUGGGAUCCCAGCCCUCUGUUGAUAAUUUCAACUCUACACCCCAUCUCAAUCCGCAAUUCAGUCCGUACAAAAACACACCUCGCGAUCGAGUUAGAAGCGCCGAUAGCUCCAUGUACAAAAGCCGGCUUCGAACAUUUCCAAAUAGGGGACUGAACGAACAGGCUGAACUGAGAUCAUCAGAACCUCUGCAACAACAAGACAGGGUUCUCAGGAGGCGAGCUGAGACAGACUCGGACACAGGGUUGGGUUCCAUGAGCACCGAAGAAGAUUCGAAUCCCAACGGGACCCAUUUAGUCAUAGCCAAAACUGCCCAAAUUGUUAUUUAACACGAAAGCAACUCACAAUCUAUUUGUAUUUCAGUCAGAAUUUAUUUUUACUUCAA